AUGAAGUGUUUGCAUGCGCUUUCAGUGUCUUUGAGUGCUGCUAAUAGCGUGCCUGAAUCACCUUCAACGUAUGCCCCACCGUCUGGCGCCGGCGCCGCUGCCCAUGCUCAAUCAACGCCGUAUUCUGCUAGGCUCGCACGACAGUCCGGAACCGUAAUUUAUUCAUCCGAACAAGGUGGUAAAGUGCCUAUCCAGAAACGUCAGGUUGGUAGCAUAGCUGAUUACGAUCCCCUAAAUGGGAAUUGGGGUACGGUAGGAUCGAGUCGAGCCGCGGAGAAGAUUGGUCAGUUGACUGGUUCAAAUAUCAAAGCAAAUGGACCGCCGAGCGGAAAAGGGACAGGAUUUGCGGUGAAAGCACUUUAUGACUACACAGCAGCAGAUAGAGAUGAGGUUAACAUCACUGUCACUCGGUUUUGA